UUUAUUCCAGGUGAGCGCUCUGAUGAGUGCCUUUGUAGUUACCGUUGAUCUGAUAGUGUCUUGAAAUAGUUAACAGCUCCUGCCGGCAGAGCGAAAGGGGCGGGGUUUGUGUUCUCGCACAGUUUUUGUGUUUUUGAACAAGAGCAGCGAGUCAGACACAGAAACGACGUUAAAGAUGGAGACGAGGUUAAACACUCGAGUUUUAAGUAAACCAUGAAAGUCAUCACGGGAUUAUGCCCAGCGUUAAUGUUUCUGUGCGAAGUUUGUGCAACAAAGACGUCAGCGGCCGGAUGUGAUCGCCGUGUGCCAUGUGACCAGGCCUUUAGACACUUGUCUGGUAAUCAAGGACUCUGUCCGAAGGCUCUACGACACCACCUGCUGGAUGCAGCACACGCCAUCACGUGUGGGUCAGCAAAGAUGGACCGGAGUGCUGAAGGGAAUUUGAGCAUUUCAGGAUCAAUGCGGCGGGGUUCUUCAGAGAACAAUCUGGACCUGGACCUGAUUGAUGGAGGUCUAAGUCCUGGUCUAGGCUUGGAGCUUCAGCGUAGCCGGUCUUGUCUGGACAGCAUCCAGCAGAAGAUACUGAAAGUAACCGAGCAGCUAAAGAUAGAGCAGACAGCGCGGGAUGAGAAUGUAGCAGAGUAUUUGAAGUUGAUGACCAGUGCUGACAAGCAGCAGGUGGGGCGCAUCAAGCACGUCUUUGAGAAGAAAAACCAGAAGUCAGCACACAACAUUGCACAGAUGCAAAAGAAGUUGGAGCAGUACCAUCGUAAGAUGAAAGACAUUGAACUCCUCCAAAGUCCAAUGUCUCACCCAUCCAGUGUCAAACGCAAUACCAUACCCAGAGAAUCACCCAAGGGUCUGCUGAGAGAUAUAAGUGGUAGUGGUCGACACCCUACUCUGGACAAGAUCAAGACCAUUGGACCAGGAGUUUCACUUUCCCCUCCUUUCUUCUUCAGCAAGCCCAGAGAGUUUGCCAACCUUAUCAGAAAUAAAUUUGGCAGUGCUGACAAUAUUGACCACCUUAAGACCACCUUUGACACUCCCCCUCCUUUGCCCACUGACAGUUCAGUGAAGGGACUAAGUAGCAGUGUGACUGUGGUGGGCAAAGCCAAGUAUCCCAGUGAUGAUGAGUGCUCCUCUGGAAGUGCAUCCAUUUCAGUUGAGAGCAAUGGGAAUCCUUUUGUGGGGCAGUCACAAGCCCAAAACCUUGGCCAAGAGCAGCAGGCAACAGGGGAUGCCCAAAGUAGACUGGCUCUGAGCCUGGAAGAGGUGAGAGAGAUUAAAGAUGCCCAGAUCCAACUGGCGGAGGAUGUGGAGGAGCUAAAGGAGCAGUUCAAGAGGGAGUAUGGCAUUAUCAGUCAAACACUACAGGAGGAGAGAUACAGGUAUGAGCGUUUGGAAGACCAGCUGAAUGACCUGACAGAGCUUCACCAACAUGAGACGACAAAUCUGAAACAGGAAUUAGCCAGUAUCGAGGAGAGGGUGGCCUACCAGGCUCAUGAAAGGGCCAGAGACAUACAGGAAGCCCUGGAAUCAUGUCAAACACGAGUGUCCAAGCUGGAGCUCCAGCAGCAGCAGCAGCAGCAGACUGUCCAGCUUGAGAGCCAAGAUGCCAGAGUCUUGCUGGGGAAGAGCAUCAACAUCAUGCUGGCCAUCAUCACUGUCAUCCUGGUGUGCGUCUCCACUGUGGCCAAGUUUGUUGCUCCACUGAUGAGGAGCCGGCAUCACGUGGUGGCGACCUUACUGGGAGUUUGUUUUCUCACGAUAUUCUGGAAGAACUGGGAAAGGUUGCAGUUUGUUGUGGACAGGGUGCUUAUGCCUGCCUGAAAAUGAGAAGCUGAUGUAGACAAACUGCAUUAACAGCUGGUCGAAUACUAUACAAAUAGUGAAUGUUUAUGAAUGUGGAGUGCAAUUGUAAGAAUAUUUCAUGAGGUGAAAGAUGGAACAUUCCAUUUUUCAAUGAAUAAAAUAUUCUUUCCAUUGAACGAAUGAAAUAACAUCCAUUAUUUGUUUUAUAUAAUGGCUAAAAUAGAUUUUUGUCAUUUGACAUUUUAUUAAUUUAUAAACAAGAGAAAGGGACUCACAUUUUGAUGUCAAGAACUUCCAAAUAAUCCAACAAAAAUUUUAAAUAGGAGUCCAGUCCAAUCCAAAAUUGUUCUAGGUGAACUUGCAAAAACAGUUCAAAAACAAUUUUGACGAUGUAGUCCAUAGCUGAUGCCGUGCAUCGUGUACAGACUGCCAUCUGCUUUUCUCAGUCCAGCAAAAAACACAACAGAAAUGUGUCGGGCUCUUCAUCCGACAGCGGUUCCACUUCACCAAGAGACAGCCCAGCGAAUAAUAUGCAAAUGCCUCCAGAUAGCUUACAGGGUACUGGAUGUUUUUUUUGUGUUACAAGAAUUAGCAGCUCCUGCCAUGUUUGCUUUUAAGCUAAGCGUCGUUGCUGCUAGUGUGAGAGUGCACUGAAGUCACAGUGUGCAAUAACACGAAUCGUAUAGAACCAAAAUUGCACGCUAAAUAACACAGUUGCAUGGUAAGUGGAACACAAUGGCAAAUGGUAUGAAUAAUGCAUGUCACAUGACACAAACCAAUCAAAUGACAAGGAUCUAUUCAGGCAUUAUAUAGUACUGCUUAAGAGGAUUGGUUCUACAAUCUUCUAACGACACAUUGCCAGACGUUCACAGAGGG